UUGCCUUCCUCGAAGCCAGGACAAUGGAGUCUGCGUCGCUCACAUCAUUCACCAAUCCAUUUCCUGUGCGCCUUCCCGUCUUCAAGUUAACGCAGAACACCAUCUCCUCCGGUCAAGAUGAGAAAAGGAAAACGGCCUGCAUGCCCGCAUGAGCCCCAAUCUGUGUGUCCCGUUCGUGUGUAGUUUUCUUCCUUUCAGUUCUCUUUUGGACUAUUUUUGGGAGUUUUUUUUUCCAAUCAGAUGCUGGAGUCCAUCGGAGUCGAAGAAGGUACGGUCCGUAUGUCGCAGAAGGGUUUCUUCUCUGAAGGCAACUUGUGGGCUUUCUAGGAGGGCAGUUUCAGAGAUGGUGGUUCUUGGUGCGGUGGCCUCAUGCAUCGAUCUUCUUGCGCUGUCCAUGCCAGUGCAAGCAGCAAUGCAGGAGCCUGAUGGCAAAGGAUAAAUUAGUUUGAUGGUUGAGGAUUCCAACCUCUUGAUUUCGUUUCGAAGUGUUCAGGUACCGGAAGUUGGACAGUGGAGUAAAACUUGAAGGUACAAGUAGCGAGUUCUUCCUGCACAAUUUCCAGCCAAGCUUCCGACUGCUCAUGGAAGAAUUGUGCUUCUUGAUCUGAAGAUGUUGUGGAGGGAGAGGGACCGGAAGCACGGGAAGGCGAUCUACUGCAAAAUACACUGAAAACAUGUUGCAUUUACAGUUCGAUCGAUUCAUGUUUUCUGGUGGCUUCAUCAUGCUCUGCCUGUAUUCUGUAAUUCUCAGCACAGUAGACCAGUUCAGCGGCGAGAGUAAGCCGGUGACGCUUCCACUCGCCGGAAAAGAGAUGAUUCGAGGCCUGAAAGAUGUCCUAAUCAGUAUGAAGGUCGGAGGAAAGAGGAGAGCUCUAAUUCCUCCAGAAGUAGGCUACAUCGACGAGACCUUGAAGCCCAUACCGGAAGAGUUUGGACCAAGGAGGAGUCUGCUGUCACAUGCCAAGGAGCCACUGGUGUCUGAGGUUCAGUUGCUGAAGGUCCUGUGAUCCAUCAUACUAUCAUCUUUGGUCAAUGCAGGCAGUGCUCCAAGAGAACCGGUGCUUGUACUUGCACAUGUGAAAUGAAACACAGAGUUCAUUCUGAACUUGAAUUAUUCUCCCUCAGAAAAUGCAAUCAGCAAGUUGUAUCAUCUACUACCAAAUCCUAUGAUGUUAAUGUUACUAGUGA